CGAAGUUAUCUUGAACAGUCAAGCCACCGAGUAUUUUUCGUGAUUUUUCUCUAGAGAGAGAGAGAGAGAGAGAGAGAGAUGGAGGGACAUAAGGGUGCAGUAUGUGUUACAGGUGGUACUGGGUACAUAGGAUCAUGGCUGAUCAUGAGGCUCCUUGAUCAAGGUUACCAUAUUCGAACCACCGUUAGGUCCGACCCAGAGCACAAGAAAGACACUGGCUUCCUUACAAGUCUACCAGGAGCAUCAGAGAAACUCCAAAUCUUCAAUGCAGAUCUCAGCGAUCCAGAGAGUUUCAAUGCACCCAUUGAAGGAUGUAUUGGCGUACUUCAUGUUGCCACUCCUGUUGAUUUUGAAGACAAAGAACCUGAAGAAAUAGUAACCAAAAGAUCAAUCAAUGGAGCACUAGGCAUCUUAAAGGCAUGCUUGAAUUCCAAGACUGUGAAGCGAGUUGUGUACACUUCUAGUUCAUCAACAGUUUUGUAUAAUGGCAAUGAUGAAGAUGAAAUGGAUGAGAGCUUUUGGAGUGAAGUAGAUUUCAUUAAAGCUAUAAAGCCACUUGGAGGUUCCUACGUAUAUUCCAAGACAUUAACAGAAAGGGCAGUAGUUGAAUUUGGAGAAAAACAUGGAUUGGAUGUGGUGACAAUAAUUCCUUCCUUUGUUGUUGGACCCUUCAUUUGUCCCAAGUUCCCUAGCUCAGUUCGCACAACAUUGGCUAUGAUUUUGGGUGACAAUGGUCAAUAUAAAUAUCUUAUGAAUACAGCUAUGGUCCACGUUGAUGACGUGGCAAGAGCACAUAUUUUUCUCCUUGAAUGUUCUACAGCGGAAGGAAGGUACAUUUGUUCAUCACAGAUCAUGACACUUGAAAGGAUGUCUGAAUUUCUUUCUGAAAGAUACCCAGAAUUUCAAAUACCAACACUAGAUUAUUUAAAGGAAAUUAAAGGUUAUAAAACAGCGGGUCUGUCAUCAAAGAAGCUCUUAGAUUCUGGCUUCAAGUACAAGUAUGGGCUCAAUGAAAUGUAUGAUGAAGCUAUUCAAUGCUGCAAAGAAAAGGGUUUUCUCUAGUUCAUGAAUGCUCAAUGAAUUUUGGAUUCUGCCAAAUGUAUGUGACUAGAAGAAGAUCGAAGUACUGUAUUUUACUAUUUUCAGUAUUUAUAAAA